CAAGCCAUGAUUAUUUUUUCUCAAGCCUUCGUCAAGAAGGAAAGAAACAUAGGAAUGCGAAGGAGAUAUAAAGAAGCUGUAAAGAGCUGAAGAACAGAAAACGGUGGAGAAUUGGAUCAUUAUCAAUUUAAUUAGGCUUCAGUAGCUUGUCUUUCAGAAUUGUCGAAUAUUUCAUUGUAAAAGAGCCAAACCCACCUGAAAAAUUCUGAUUGUUUUUCAAUCUCAGCUUGCAGUUAAACGUGGAUUCUCCUUUCUGUGAUCAGAGUGGCUUCUCAAGAGCAAUGGAACAUAUGGAGUUUAAGAACUCAACUGAAGGAGCCAUUUUAAGAGUGUCAAGGGAUGUUCCACCCAGUCAUUACCUGUUAAAAAUUCAGUCUUUCACAUCAUUUAAAAAAUCAGAAAAGUUCAUCUCACAGAAGUUCGAUGCUGGAGACUACAAAUGGAAAUUUUUCUCUACCCAAAUGGGGAUGAGGAUGAAGUUGAAGGUCAUAUAUCUGUUUACUUAGAAUUGGUAGACAUAGAUUCUCUCCCAGAUGGUUGGGAAAUCAACGUGAUUGUCAGUUUUUUUGUCUAUGAUCAGCUUCGGGACAAGUAUGUCACUAUUCAAGAUGGAAGAAUAAGGCGUUACCAUUCAAUGAAGACAGAAUGGGGCAUCUCCAAAUUCCUGGACCUGGAAACUUUUCGUAAUCCAUCAAAUGGGUUCCUUAUUAAAGACAGUUGUGUCUUUGGUGUGGAGGUUUUUGUUGUCAAAAAUACUUUCAAGGGGGAGUUUAUACCAAAAAUGGAAGAUCCUGCUAACAAUGACACUCAUUAUCAUAACUGGAUUGUUAAAAAUUUUACGAAACUGAAAGAUGAAAGACACAUUUCUGAAUCAUUCGGACCGUACAAAUGGAAUGUUAUUCUCUUCCCUAAUGGAAAUAAGGACGGCGAAGGAAAAAGUAUUUUAAUUUAUUUAUCGUACGAUCAGUCUUUCAAAGGUAAAUUGCUUGUAGACUUCAUUCUGCGUGUCAAAAAUCAAAAGUCUGGACCUCACAUUGAGAAGAAAGUUGAAGGCCAUAUGUUUAGUCCGCCGGAUGAGGAUUGGGGGUUUGCAUAUUUCAUGGCGUCAGAUACAUUGAAAGAUCCGAAACAAGGUUAUCUGGUGGAUGACAAAUGCAUCAUUGAAGCCGAAGUCAAAUUUCUUCGUUCUGAUAUUCAAAAAUAAUUUUACAAAGACUGUUAUUGUUUAGUCUAAAUCUCGAACAUUUGUGCUUUGUAAAAUUUUCCAGUGAAAAAUGGUGAAUCAUCAUAGCUUUUUUGGUCCAUAUUAGAUUAUUGAGUAGGUAGUAAGUGCCCAUAUAUAGAUUGGCUCUUUCUUCUUGGGACAAGUCACUGAGACCUCAACUAAUCUUUUUCGUCGGACUUUUUGAUA